CCAGGACGUAAUCUAUUAACUAUUACCACUUUCUUUUAACACCCUCUACUGCUUGGUGAAGGUGUAUACCGCUUAAGAGGACCGCCAGGGUUUUCCUAUCAUCUAAUCUUGAUAAAUGACCCCCACCAACACAUAGAUUCCACUCAGUGUUCCUUCGAGUUCUAGUAGUUGUUCUUAUCUGAUGGAGUUGAGGGUGAGUCGAAGAAGGCCAAAGUGUUUGCUUUUUCUUUUCCCCAACUCUCGGUUGGGAUUGUGAAGAGUUUAUCAACUUUUGUAUGUAAUUAAGUGUACUCAUAUGAGAUCUCCGGGCGUCUUAAUCGAAUUCCCCAACAUGGCGCUAAGGACUUCGCCUCGUAUCUGCUAGUAAUUCAUAACUUACCGCGCUCAAGAUGCUGGACGGCCAGAUUGAUGCGGCAUUAUGUUAAUUUAAACAAUAAAGCAACCUCUUAAGCCUCCGACGACAUUUAUAUCAAUUUCUAUCGAGACCGAGCGCAGCACGAGUUCGGCCAGCCGACGGUGCAGCAUCCUUUUAAGCAGGGACGAACACAUAUUCAGGAAGGAAGUGUUUACUUCGGUCAUUCGCCGGGAAAGCAGCUUCUUCCGUUCCGAGUGUUUGUGCGAGCGCGCGUGUGCCAGCCCAGUGCCCAGAGCACCCGGAACCGUACCGAGCGACAAUUUUAAAUCCCACUGAAUAAAUUACCCAUAGAACAAACCGCAGGAGUCUAAAGUUAUUGAAUUUUUAUAAAUGUGAACUUUGCUCGCUCGGUUUGACUUGUUGUGUGACUCCACUCCUACCGAGUCCUGCGACUUUCACUUCGCUUUCACCGCACAACCACAUGCAGGGGAGAGAUACGAUCUUGAAUUUUCUUUGCGCCACCCACCCCAUCCAGCAGGUUAACAACUUAACCUGCUUGCCCUUGUUCCGGCGCCCUUUUAGAACAAUUUGGGGUGGCCCUGUGUCAGGGGCGAAAUCCUUCCGGAUCUUCUCCUUUGUUGACUGAAGGAUCAGUAACAGUUACGGGCAAGGGUGGUGUUGGACUCUUGAUUGGUAGUACCACCACCACCAGCACCACUAGAAAGCAAACAAACAAAAGAAACACACGCAGGAGUUUUCGCCGCUUUCCACAGCCGGAAAAUGAUAGUCGGGGCGUCAGUGUCGCGUAAACAAUUGUCGCGGAAGGAAGCAAAAGCUGUGCUCCGAUGGCUAGCGUUGACCACGUUACGGUUGGGUUCGACCGUACAGCAAUGUGGCGCUUUUCCGGCAGCUUUCCAUCGGCGGUGCGAAUGUACCCACACGCGUCCGGACAGUAUUAUGGGCAUCAUCCGGCUCAUCACCACAGUCUGCAUUCAGCAAACCAUCGACCAUUGCCACUACUUUGCGGCGAGCCAUAUCAAUUACUUAAUGCUGCAUCUCAUAGGCUAGUUUCGCAAGGUGGUCAAAUACAGCUGUGGCAGUUUCUUUUAGAGCUGCUGGCCGACACGACGAACGCACCUUGUAUCGCCUGGGAAGGAACCAAUGGAGAAUUUAAAUUGUCCGAUCCGGAUGAAGUUGCCCGCCGGUGGGGAGAACGCAAAGCGAAACCGAACAUGAAUUACGAUAAGCUUAGCAGAGCCUUAAGAUACUAUUACGAUAAGAACAUCAUGACAAAAGUGCAGGGCAAGCGGUAUACGUACAAGUUUGAUUUUCACGGUCUAAUGGCAGCAUGUCAGGCACAGGCACAGCUCACUGAUACCGGCACCAGCAGUGCGAACAUACUUUCCGCCUGUAGCUCGUACGGAUCCAGUCCAGCAUCCACCACGUCGUCCUCGAUGAAAUCACCCACCAACGCCAGUCCGACGCAGUCUCAUCAUUACACUGCCGCCGCCGUAUGCCACUCGGCGACGGCUGUCAGUACGCCGACGGCAACGAAAAGCACCAGUAGCAGUAGCAACAGUAGCGCGCUGUCGACCAGCAGCUGGUUGCCUUACGGUGCCACAUACUCUAAUCUGCUCGUUCCUACCGGCCACCCAUCCGCUACCAGUGCCCCUACCGCUACCUCAACCAGUGCAUUGGGCGUGCAAUCGAUCCCGUCAGUUGCACCGUCCGCAUCCAGCUCGCCCGAUACGAUCAGCUUCGCGGAUGCGGUGUCCUCGCAACUUCGCUAGCCAGCGCGUGUAAUCUAGUACUAGUGGUUAAGGUCCUCAUAGAAGCUAUACGAUGAUAUUACGACACCGAUAAUACGACUAGAGCCGUAGUUGCAUAAGUAAUGAAAUAUGUUUCACAAACAUAGAGACAAACCAAUUUUUUUAAUUUUACCAGAAAAUAUACGUUUUUAUCUUUACGUCCCCAAAAAACCCCAAAUUCUUCCACCAAUGU